AAAAAGGAAAACAUAUAAAUUGCAAACAGGUCUGAACUCAGAAUCAGACCAUCUACACCGUAAUCAUCAAAGUCAGCUUAGCUUUGUCUAAUCUGCUACUGGUACUCUAAUGGCCAAGCAAAUAAGCUGUAGUAGAUCACGUGACCUCGACAAGCUUCUCCUCCGUUCCGGCAAUCUUGUGGGCCCCACCUUCGAUCCCGGCACCGACUUGAGGAAUGAUCUUCAAGAGUAUGCUAAAGUUUUGGUGGUUGGAGCGGGUGGAUUGGGUUGUGAGUUGCUUAAAGAUUUGGCCUUUUCGGGGUUUAAGAAUCUCGAAGUUAUAGAUAUGGACCGGAUUGAUGUUUCUAAUUUGAAUCGGCAGUUUUUGUUCAGGUUUCAUGAUGUUGGAAAGCCAAAGGCUGAAGUGGCAGCAGAACGAGUUAUGGAAAGAGUCAAUGGUGUGAAUAUCGUGCCACAUUUUUGUCGCAUUGAGGACAAAGAGCUGGAUUUUUACAAUGACUUUAGCAUUAUUGCUCUUGGUCUUGAUUCUGUUGAGGCCCGAAGCUACAUAAAUUCCGUUGUUUGUAGUUUUCUAGAGUACGAUGCUGAUGACAAUCCACGAGAGGAAACAAUAAAACCUAUGGUAGAUGGUGGAACUGAAGGGUUUAAGGGCCAUGCGAGGGUUAUUAUGCCUGGGAUCACACCAUGCUUUGAAUGUACUAUCUGGCUCUUCCCUCCACAAGUCAAGUUUCCUUUAUGUACUCUUGCUGAAACCCCUAGAACUGCUGCUCAUUGUAUUGAAUACGCCCAUCUAAUUAAGUGGGAUGAGGUCCAUGAUGGUAAAACUUUUGAUCCAGAUGACCCAGAGCAUAUGCAAUGGAUCUAUUCAGAGGCUGUGAAGAGAGCUGAGCUUUUUGGCAUUCCAGGUGUUACCUAUACUCUUACUCAGGGUGUGGUAAAGAACAUCAUACCUGCUAUAGCUUCCACCAAUGCAAUCAUAUCAGCUGCAUGUGCUUUGGAAACCUUGAAGAUUGCAUCUGGGUGCAGUAAAACACUAUCGAAUUACUUGACGUACAAUGGUGUUGAUGGCUUGCACACUAAAGUGACUGAGUUUGAGAAGGACAAGGAUUGUCUUGUUUGUGGCCCUGGAAUUCUUAUUGAGCUGGACACUACAAUCUCCUUAAAGAAGUUUAUCGAUCAACUAGAAGAUCACCCGAAGCUGCUUUUAUCCAGAGUUAGUGUUUCAUACAGAGGUAAGAAUUUGUACAUGCAGGCACCCGCAGUACUAGAAGAGAUGACUCGCUCAAACUUGGAUAAACCACUACACGAGCUGAUGGAUAAAUGUCCAAAAGACAUCGUCCAUGUCACUGGAGCAGCGGGCAAAAGCGGCUCAAAGCAAUCAUGUUUAAGGAAGCUGCGAGUUGUUUUCAAGGUAAAUGACGGAGUGAUUGAUAUGGAUGUGGCCAAUGGGGCAUAGAACACACAGUUAUACCAUAACUGGUUUGGGUAGGUUUUAGAAUAGUAUUAUAGACCAAGCAAAAGAAAUCUAACAUGAGCCUAGGAAAGUUCUCGUCACUUUUGGAAGUUUUGAAAUUUUCAAUCAGCUGUGUAGUUAUAUCUGUCUCGUAUAUAGAAUUCAAUCAAGAUUAAUCAUAUUUGACGCAUUGCUGCAUGGAAUUCGUCCGGGAAGAAAGAAAAUAUAUUCUAGAUCCUAAACUUCUCAUGAA